CAGUGACUUAAAUAUCAUAUUGAAAGAUUCACAAAAUGUAUAAAUACAUUUCGAUCCCGUUUGUGAGAGAAUUCUCAACACAGACUCCCGAUCCUGUCAGGCUGCGGUACAGCGUGCUCUGCCCUACUUUUUAAUCGCUGGUAGUAUUAGGGAGGAGUAGCGCUGACGAGGGCGGACCUUGAAUGGUAUGUCUUUAGACUUGUUGUGUUUUCUGUUACUCCAAUCGCCAUCUUGUUGCCAGUGAAGUAAUGUGUUUCUGAUGUAUUUCGGGAGCGCUCUGGAUGUCUUAUGACUGUCUUUGGAAGCCAAGUGGAUCUUACUGUGAAUAGUCAACCACACAUAUCCGUACCGGGCUUUGCAUAUAUUUUUACCAGGAGCGCGCUGUGGCGGUGUUUAAGAUGAGUAUCGAUACUCUGUUGGAAGCGGCCAGGUAUUUGGAGUGGCAAGCCCAGCAACAACAGAUUACACGUGAGCAAGAGGAGUGCCGAGAGAAGGCCCUGUUGUCCCGCGAGGCCGAGCAGAAGCUCUCAGCCCCCGUUAUCCAACCUGUCCAAGUCAACCACGUGACAUGGGCAGAAGACACGCGGCUCGAGGUGCACCGCCAUCACCAGCACCACCCUCCGGUGGUCCCGCCCCCUCCCCUCCCACCACCCGUUCCCAUCACUGUCAUUCCCAUCCCGGUGGUCCCUGCCAACCCCGCGGCAUCUCCCCUUCAGACCGCCAUCCCCCUUCCGGUGGUCACGCCUUUAGCCGCGGCUCUGUCUCCACCAGCAACCCCUCUCCUCAGCCCUACCGGUAAAGACGCUAUCUCACCUUUGCAACAGCAGCUACACCGUCACUUAAUUGCGCACAUAAAAGCGGAAGUCAGCGGAUUGCCUCAGUCCAACAACAGUCCAAAACAGCAACAGACGCAGGCGCUGUUGCAACCGUAUCCAGCCCCCAUCAUCCCUGCUCAACAUCCACCGCAGCAACACGCCCUCCUGCCCCAGCCGGCUCUACCCCAACCUCAGCCAACACUGGGUCAGCUGCAGACAAACCAGGCGGCCAGGUCUAACGGAGCCGCUGUGGAUGAUGCGAAGAGGAGACCGGGAGGGGCUGGGACACGAGAAGUUCACAACAAGCUGGAAAAGAACAGACGAGCUCAUCUUAAAGAAUGUUUCGAUACCCUCAAGAGGAACGUUCCUAAUGUAGAUGAAAAGAAAACCUCUAAUCUGAGUGUCCUGAGGAGCGCUCUCCGCUACAUACAGACGUUAAAACGAAAAGAAAAGGAGUAUGAGCACGAGAUGGAGCGUUUGGCGCGGGAGAAGAUCGCCACCCAGCAGAGACUUGCUGAGCUGAAGAACGAGUUGGGUCAGUGUAUGGACAUCAUGGAGAUCGACAGGAUCCUCAGACAGACGGUCCAGCCAGAAGAUGACCAGGCCUCUACAUCAACGGCAUCAGGUACAGAGGGUGAAGACAACUUUGACCAAGACAUAGCAGAAGACAUCCUUUCGUCUCCGCCACCCAAACCCCCUGCGCCGUUGCCACCCGAGCCCCGUGCCGCCAUGCCUCUGCCCACCAUACUCUCUACGCACAUCUCCAUCCAACACAAACCCACACCCCUACCCGCCGCUCCAUCCACCCAGCCUCAGCCCGCCGUGGUCACCCCUCAGGCGAUCGCUCCUGCACCCCCUCCCCACAUGCUCACCCCUACUCAGCCGACAGUCAUCACUCAUGCGUCUGUAUCCCACGCCUCUGUCAUCCAAGCCGUGAACCAUGUCAUUCCAGCUGGGCCUAAACACUUGGCGCACAUUGUGCCCUCUAACGUCGGCCAGCCUAUCGGACACAUCACCGUGCACCCAGUAACCCACCUCCCCACUGCCAUUUACCCACAAUCGGUGGCCGUCUCGCAGCCAGCAGUGGUGGGGCACAUCACGCACACGCUGGCACACCACCCUCAAACCCAGGUCAACGGCACACCGGUCGGGGCCCAACAGGGGGCCAUGGUGGGGAAGCCCACAGCGGUGGUCGCCCAUCAUCACACCGGGCUGGCCGGCCAGGCGGUUCUCAAUCCAGUGACUAUGGUAACUGUACCCCCCUUUCCCGUCAGCACGCUAAAGCUGGCCUGAAAGAAGCAGAAAGACUUUGGGGCCGAAUGAAUGGAGCUCUCUGUAGCAACUCACCAGAGACGGAAGAUGAAACACGCUAGCUGGAUGAUGAGUGACUAGAUCCCAGUUUCACUACUGUUGAUUCUACAUCGGCGGGGUUUCAUCAGGACCGGAUGGGCGCGAAAGGGCCUUGCGUGCCAUGGCACGCAGCAGUGGAAUGGUAUACGUGUAAUGCACUUGCUUAACUAAAUUAUAAGACAGCGAGUGUCAGUUUUUAGUCAUGUGAGAUCAGAGUGCUAAAAACAAAUCAAUCCUCUUCUCCUUCCCUCUAUAUUUCAUGCUAUCCCUUUUCUGUUUGCUCUGAUAUACAAGCCUGCCAUGAUCUUGUGUUUUACAUCCAUUCACCAAAAAUCCACAAAAACAAGAAACCUCAAUGUUAAUCAAAAACUAGAGUGCUUAAACAGGCCCAAAAGUAUUGAAAGCAUGCAAAGAAAACGUUAACGGGGUACGUUUUUAACGGGGACUUUUAAACUGUCUUGAAAAAAAAUCAGGUCACUCGGAACAAGUGUCUUGUGAGGAAAUGCAAGUGCCUAUAACCCCAAAUCAAGCCCAAUGGCGCCACCUGCUGCCUACGCGAUGAAACGACAUGUGUUUAUAAGCUAAUACGGUCGAAUGCGCUGCGCAGACUGAUCGGCGUAAAAUAUCAAAGUAUCGCGAGAGAAAUUCGAAAGUAUACCUAUCGCGAUACAUAGAUGUUAAACGCCAUUCGGUCUGCGCAUCGCCUCGUGAAGUCGAACCCGUCUGACAAUAUGCGGCUACAGUGAGUCACAAAGUCUUAAAAUGUCGAUGAAGAACUGCAACGAACUAAUCAAAACACAAGUUCUCUUUUUCAAUAUACAUAUAUGACUACAUUUAGGCAUAUAAACUCUUAAGCGCUCAAAAUGUCUAACAUAAAACUACCUAAUGCGCUUUUAACACUUAAGAUAAUGACAAAUGAUGUCGGGCAUUAUCAGAAUCGUACUCAAAUGUCAAAUGAAGUCUUGGAAUAAAGCAGCUCCGUCUCCGCGCACAGCAUCAAACGCGCGCGCACGUGUCCGCACUGUGUUCGUUGCAUUGCACAGUCAUUUCUAUUUGUCGUUUUUUUAUUUUGAUGCGCUGUUGUGUGAAUUGUCGUGUUGUAGGUGGCUUUGUGUAUAAGCAUUUGGCUUUAAGAGGUUAAAAACUGUUGCACUGAGUCCGUUUCCAGGAUUAAAGGCCAUUUAUCACUAGCAGUCAGAGAUGCCCUGUUUAUACCUUUGCUUGUUAAACGCGCUCGCUUGGUUUAACCUGCACAAACUUUGCUCUCUUACUCUUUUUUUCCUGUCUAAAUCCGAUGGUUUACUGCUGAUGGUUUGGCUAAGUAUCUGAAUUAUUGCUUUAUAUACUGUCACUUUCAAACUGAACACUGUGAUUUCUGCUCCUCAUCAUCACCCUGCUCCAAAAACCCAAACUUUGCAUAUUCACCCAUUUUCUGUUUGUGUUUUCCCUCUUGUUUUGGGGAUGUGAAGAUGAAAAGAUACUGUGCUUCACAGACUCACUUAAAAUACCAACAAAAAUAGCGUAACCUUUGUGAAAUUAGUGUGUUUUUACCCUCUCUUUUAUAUAUAUAUAUGUGAAUGAAUGUAUGUGUAUAUGUGAGGUAUAUGCACGCAUUCACAUAUACGUGUAUGUAUUUUAGGAUUAUACUGAUGCCUGGUUUUGCAUGUAGAUCGCGUUUUUUUGGUUGGUUGGUUUAAAUGUUAAUCCCUCCCCCCUUUCAUUUUAUUUUCGGGGACCAUGUAUCAUACUGUAUGAUGUGGGCGGGACCGUUAGACCUCAUUCUACAUUGAUAUUACAUAUAAAUAUAUGAAAAACUGUGCAUUUUCCCUAUGGAGAAAGUUUAAGUUAUAUAUCGCCUGUACAUUUUGGGCUGCAUUAGGAUCGAGUUGUCCACCAUGUUUAACUGAAAUAAUAGUAAUAAAACUUAUAAAAUAUUGCUAGAUUACUACAAAAACAUAAUGACGAUUCAUAAUAAA